AUGGUGGCUCAUCGCUGUCGGACCGUUCCUGCUGGACGCUUGGCCUUUCUCCCAAAGCAGAGCUCGAGGAAAAAGCGGAUUGUGGCAAACGGGAGCCUGCAGCCCACCUCUGCUUUCUGUCCCGCAGUGUGCAAGUACGUGGCGCUGGAGCUGAAAUCUGCUUUUGAGGAGACCAGCAAGACAAAGGAAGUAAUCGACACAAAGUACGGCUUCUUGGACGGGAAGGGCUCGGCUGUCAAGUACACACAGUCGGACAUCCGGUUAAUUGAGGUGACGGAGAACAUAUGUAAGAGGCUUCUGGACUACAACCUGCACAAGGAGAGGAGUGGCAGUAACAGGUUUGCAAAGGGCAUGUCGGAGACGUUUGAGACUCUGCACAACCUGGUGCACAAGGGGGUCAAAGUGGUGAUGGACAUUCCCUAUGAGCUGUGGAACGAGACCUCUGCGGAGGUGGCCGACCUCAAAAAGCAGUGCGAUGUGCUGGUGGAGGAGUACGAAGAGGUGAUAGAGGACUGGUACAGGCACCACCAGCAGGAAGACCUCUCCCAGUUCCUCUGCGCUGACCACGUGCUAAAAGGGAAGGAUGCGAGCUGCCUGGCAGAGAAGUGGACCGGCAAGAAGGGUGACCUGGCGAGCGUGGGGGAGAAACAGAGCAAGAAAAAGAGUGGGAAGAAGAAGAAGAAAGCCAGGAAGGAGCAGAGUGAGGAUGGCAACAGCCUCCCAGGAACGGAGGAGACCCCGGAGGAGAGCGGGGUUCAGGAGGAGGCUCCCCUUGCCCACAGCCCAGCUGACGAGCUGUAGGCACGCAGCACGGGGGCCGUACGCUCCACGCCAGUCUGUCGUCUCGUGCAGCUGCAUCCGGCUAGGACUGAAGGAAAAGGGAUUUGAUUAGAGAG